AUGUCUCCGAAAUGUUUCCAUCGUCUGUCUGCAUACAAGACCGUCACGUCGGCGGAAGGAAUCUUUGAGAAACAACAACAACAACAACAAAGCAUACAUACAUACAUGACCACCACUACCAUUACUGCCCCUACUAUUCUAGCCGAUGCCAUCGGAAGCAGUGACAAAGCCAGCUGCUUCUUCCCAGCCAGUCUUCAAUCGCCUCAGCACAACCUUAGCACUUCCAAUUCCGCACCCACACCCCACCCCCCAAGACAAUCACUAACGCACCACGCCAACCGUACCAGCCACGCCACCGGCACCGCCCCCGUCAUCCAAGACGGCAGCGUCACCCUCGCCGAGUCCGGCGCCAUCAUCGACUACCUGCUCGCGAAGCACGCUUCUCGCGGGCAGCUGCAGGUCGCUCCCUCGGCGCCCAACUUCGCCGCCUACGUCUUCUGGCACCGCUGGAGCAGCGGCAGCCUCAUGCCCGCCACCGCCCUGCCCCUCUACUACCGCAAGGCCGGGCUGCCUGUCGAUGGGCCCGCCAUGCGCAUGGCCUACGACAUGCUGGCGCAGCAGUUACGGCUGCUGGACCAGCGCCUGCGCGAGGCCAAGUGGCUUGCUGGCGAUGACUUCACCGCCGCCGACGUCUACGCCGUGUUUAGCGUCUCGACUAUGCGCGUGUUUGCGCAGUUUGGCCUCGAGGGCUACGAGGGCAUUCUAAGGUGGUUGGGUGAUGUGGCGCUGCGCCCGGCGUUCAGGGCCAUGAUUGAGAAGGGCGAGGCGGGCGAGCAGAGGGGCGGGGCUAUGCCCAUGGUUUACAGCGAGGUCCCGAAGCCCAUGUGGUAG